GAUUACGAUAUCGGGGGUUCGUUUAAGCAACCGAGUCCAUGGCUCUCCCAGCAAGGAACAGACGCUGAUUGUAGGCAGACAAAACUUUUUUUUUUCGGCCAAGCAGUAGCGAGAGCGGGCGACGAGAGCCUCGAGGCUUAUGGCGGUGCGGGAGGAUGCGGCGGCGUCCGUUUGAUGAGGAGAGUCGACGUUCUCCCUCAACUUGCACCUACGGCUGGACGAGGUACCAUGAGUUGAGACGAGAUGGUGGGCCGGACCGCUCACGGCAGCCACGUUGCCUCAGGCAUCAGCGUCACUGGCCCUUCUGCGCUUUCCACUGGACAGGAUAUGUGGGGGAGAUGGACAGGUACCGGUACUUUGGCAAGGCCGCGCAGUCGCAGCAGCGAAAACAGUGGGUUCUCUGUCACAGAUCGGGGACUCCCAGGCCCUUAUUCAGGCUGCUGCAAGACUUGUAGCGGAGCACUAUAGCGCCACUGCACACAUUGAGUUACGGGGGGCCACAGCGGAUAGGAUGAGGCGCUCAGGGGGCGCGGAGAGAGCAGC